AUGACUAUGUUACACGAUGCUUCUGCCUCUUCCUCCCCAGCCGUCUCGAAUGAGCUGCACUCUUCCAAGAAGUCCGAUGGGGACAUUGUCAACCCGAACUCGGCAGGAGUGUUACUGUCACGGCCGACUGACUCGGAGCUAAUUGCCAAACGUAUCUCAGAAUCCGUUCAAGAAAGCCAGUAUUAUAAGAAUUACAAGUCUGACUACAAAAUUUCAACUUCGUUGUUGGCUGAUCCAUUAACAGCGAACCGGAAAAUCCGAAUCCUAAACGUCGGGGCAGGGCUAUUUAGCAUCAAUUUGGCAUACUAUUUCUCCACCCUUUGUGAAAACUUUGAUCUUACGCUGGUUGAAAAGAGUUCUAGAUUGGGGGGUGUUUGGAAUCACAACCAAUACCCUGGCAUUGCUUGCGAUAUCCCCUCACAUGUCUACCAGUACAGCUGGGCACCAAAUCCAGAAUGGCCCAGAUUUUUAAGCUCGGGCGAACAUAUUCGAGCAUACCUCGAGAAAGUAUGUGACACAUUUGACUUGAAGAAAUACAUGCGAUUCAACACAGAAGUCAUCAAGGCUGAGUGGAUCCCAGACGGCUUCUGGCGCGUCACCAUGCACGAGCGUCAGAGGGACGGGAAUUGUAUCGAGUUCACCCAAGAAGCCGAGAUUUUGGUUAACAAUUCUGGUACUCAACACAAGUAUCAGUGGCCCAAUGUGGAGGGAUUAGAACGCUUUUCAGGAAAGCUCCUGCAUACGGCAAUGUGGGAUUCCGCCGUAGUACCAGCAGCUUGCAAGGGCAAGACCGUGGCGGUCAUCGGCAGUGGCGCAUCGGCAGUGCAAGUUGUUCCACAGUUGCAGUCUCAUGCGGAAGAAAUCUUGGUCUUCUCUCGGACACCUAUUUGGUUUGCUCCCGGAUUGGCAGGCGACGGGUUUAGUCCAGAAUAUUCCCCAGAACAACGCGACCAGUUCAAGAGAGACCCGGCGAAGCUCGUCAAUCACGCCAAAGAAAUCGAACGAAAGCUCAACAGCCUCUUUCCUGCCCUUUUCCAUGGGAGUGAUGCUCAGAAGAAGGCUAUCGCAUUUUUCCAUGACCAAAUGAAAAAAAAGAUCCACGAUCCCGAGCUUCUAAAAGGUAGUAUCCGGCUUCACACUCAGCGAUCUGUACUUGCAUGUUCUAACUGCAGAUCGAUAGGAUUCACCCCGGACUUCGCUCCAGGAUGUCGACGAAUCACUCCUGCCGAUUAUUUUAUCCAUGCUGUUCAGCAACCCAAUGCCAAAGUCAUCUUCAAGUCAGUCAAUAGUCUAACUCAGAACGGCAUCCUCGACGAGGAUGGGGCGGAGCGAAAUGCUGAUAUUAUUGUUUGCGCCACGGGUACGCUCUUCGACACCUUUCUUCUUCCGAAAUCAAUGAUCAUGACCGCUGGGCUGACCAUAACUCAAGGCUUCAACGUUGACUUUAUACCUCCGUUCGAGGUGUACGGAAGGGACCGUGUGAGUUUGGCGGACAUUUUUGCUGAAAAACAAGACAACUACAUGGGAAUUGCUGUGCCUGGCUUCCCUAACAUGUUCUGCGGCAGCGGGCCAUACUGGACAACAGCCAAUGGGUCUUUGGAGGACCCAAUGAACACAUCUUCCAGGUAUAUAGUGCAAGUCGCGAAGAAGCUCCAGAUGGAGCACAAUAUUGUGGGUAUAGAUCCCACGGACGAAGCUCUGGCAGACUGGGUCGAGCAUGCCCAGGCCUGGGUCAAGGGCAUGGUCUGGUCAGGAGAUUGCAAGUCGUGGUACAAAAUCUACAAGGGACCGUAUGCUGGGAGGACGAACGCCUUGUGGCCGGGUAUCACGCUACACAUGGUCAAGGCCUUGAAGACCCCAAGGUGGGAAGAUUACAGGAUUGACCGGAAGCUGUCCUCACCGUCUCAUGCGAAUCGAUUCCAAUAUCUCGGGCACGGAAUGGUUCAAGAGGUUAUUGACUCGCGUCUGGACGAUACUCCUCACUUCUCCCUGUCGGAGAUUGACCCAAGAUGGGCGAAGGCGACAGGAAUGACUUGGGUCCCGGGAAUGCGUCCAUUUUCCGAGGAGCAAGCCAACAGUGUGCAUUAG